CGAAAAUAUGGCAAGCAAUCGAAGCGCUCAAAGGCUGAGCGUCUGUUCGCUGAGCUGCCACAGAGCCCAAUACGGACGAAACCAGAACCGAAGCAUGAGGAAGACUCAAUAUCCUUAUUGACGGAGAAGAUAUCGUCAAUUAAAAUCGACAAGGAAAAGCGUCCUACUACGAAAGCGCGGAGGACAAAAAAGCAGCCACCUCCUAUCGAAACGCCUGAUGUUGAGGUUGCUCCUCCAGAACAGGGCAAGCCACUUGAGGAACCCAAAGAAGAUGCUCCACUAGCCGACGAGCCACCCUUGGAUACAACAAAAGAAGGCGAAGAAGAAGAGCCACCAACUGAGCCCUCAGAAGUUCAAGAAGCUCCGAUAGAAGUCCCCGAGGAGACCACAGAAGAACCACCACUCCGAAUUCUGACUUGGGAUGACGUCUGUCCACCAGGUGACAAGAUCGACAAAAUUGCCGAAGCAUCUUACGCCGAAGUCUAUCGUGUCACAAAUGACCGAGGAACAAGCAUCAUCAAGGUCAUACGACUACCUUCACCCAUUAAGCCACAGACCAAGGCUCAAGUGCGCUCCGGUCUUGUCGACGAAGAGCCGCAUUCUGAAGAGGACAUCCAGGGUGAACUUCAAAUCUCGGAAUGGUUGGCCGAUAUUCCAGGAUUUGUGAUAUACAAGGAACGAUACGUUAUCCAAGGGAAAACGACAAGAGAGCUGCUUGAGACACACCAAUCAUUCCAGAAGAAGAUGAAACGACAAGACCCGGACAGGGCUCAAUUCUAUCCUUCGCCGAGUCGGUACUUAGACGACACGCGUUUUCUGGUUGUUGAGCUGGGCGAUGCUGGGACGGCGCUCGAGGAUUGGAAAUUGACUACCGAGAGCCAGCUAUGGGAUAUUUUUCUCCUGCAGGCCAUUGCUCUAGCGAGAGCGGAGGAUCUCGUCAUGUUUGAGCAUCGCGACCUUCAUGAGGGCAAUUUAUGCAUCAAACAAGUCAAGCCGCCAAAGAAGAUGGGCUCUCCAUCCAAGGGCUUCUUUGGCUUCUCAGGCCUCGACAUCACCAUCCUAGACUACGGCUUAUCACGAGGAGAAGACCUCUCCAUCGACGAUGCGAAACCUGUGGCUUACGAUCUUGAAAAAGAUCUCAGCAUUUUCACAAGCACUCACGCACCGCAAUGCAAAGUCUAUCGGCAAAUGCGAUCAUUCCUACUUCGCGCAGACCGGACCUGUCUCCCACCAGAAGCUCACAAUACCCCAUACGCCAAGGGCAUAGAUGGCCCGCUCUCUUGGGAUGCAUAUGCUCCUUAUACCAACGUGCUCUGGCUGGCAUACCUCUAUGAGUACCUGACAGAGCAUUUCGCCGGCGAUAAGAAGGAGCUUGCACGGUUCAAAAAGGAGACACGGGAGAUGUGGAAAUACCUAAACCCAGACGCUGAUGAGCACGUGCCGUGCUUUGGUUGCGCAGCGGAUGUGGUCCGUUUUGCGGUUGAAGCUGGCUGGAUGCGACAGGAACAGCUAAACGGGGCAGAGGAAUCAAUUGUUGAGCGAGAAGACAGCAUCAUUAUGGCUCGCGAGGAGUUGGAG